UUUGCAGAAAUCUGGAUUGAAAUACGGAUUAAAAACCAGAAAUAUGACCAUCUGUUCACUCGUCCAUAAAAUUGAACCGAUGACUAUUUGUAAGCUUCAACUAUAAAUACCGAUAUAGUAUACCUAUGGUAUAAUAUUUCGUUUUGUCAACUUAAAGUACCCUGAUUUACUGUUUUAUGGAUAUACGACUUAAUAACUGUUACAAUGAUAAGUUGUGAAGAAAAAUAAACGUUUUGACAAAUUACUGACAUUAUUACAAUAUUUAAGCCCAGGAACUAAAUUUUAAAGAUAAGAAUUGAAGACAAUAUGUGCAGUUAGAUAUGAUAAUACUUCGGAGAUUAUAACAAUUUCGAUUAGGGAAGUGUGGAUUCAUUUUCCUUUGAGGUCACGAUAUGUUGACAGUAAAGCGUUCGACUAAGUGAUGUAGAUAUGCAGGAUUGGUGUGCGUUUACAUUCUUUAUUAUAUGUCUGCCAUACACAAGAUGUUUGCUACUUUCACCAUGCCGAUCGGAGCAAGAUAGUCCGAAAUAUGCUGUGAAUUGUACUGCAACCAGAUACGAAAGAGAUAACUGCAGCGACUCAUUUCUAUCUGGACCGUAUGAAGAUCUUUAUGGACAGGAAUACUGGCCUGUUAAACCAGAUGAUCUGACCCUCAAACCCAUACAACUAGAGUAUAAAAAUACAAACAUAUUUUAUCCAGGAUUUUUGGUAGUAAUAAAACCUCCUCGUUCAGGCUUUAUUCAUGAGGUAAAAGGAUUUCAGUUCAAUUACGAAGAGUUAGAUACGAACAUAAGAAAAUGUAUCAUCAUCAUUAUCAACAAUGCUACUAUGGAUCAUAACCAUAGAGAUAAUAACUUACGAAUUGUUGUGAAACUGUGGCCAAUGCUUGGCGAGAUGAACUAUCUGUUUAGGACAUGGAGUCUUCCGAAACCCCCUGCGAAUGAAAAUGAUACAAGUCUUAUAAGAUAUGGUAGGACAGGGAAAUUUAAUAUGAGGUUGACAGACGCACACUCAGACUGGUUAACAACAAUUUCAUACCACAAUGAUAUGAAAUAUAAAUACAUCAGGAUCUGGUUUGUUACGGCACCAGUGGAAUAUCGUUUUUUAGAAUAUACUGUCAGAUUAGAAAUAAUCAGAUCCGGAGAAGGAACAUCCUUUGAAGACAGAGAUGUAGUGGAACAGAACAAGAUUUCACAGACAAAUUAUACUUUUAUGAACGUUCAACCUGGAAGAUACAGGACUUUGGUACAGCCAUAUGAUGACAAAUUUGGCUCACUGAAUGAUUGUAAAUGCAAAACCAAGGCAGAUGCAUGUGUACAGUGUAUAGCAACUAGAACAGAUGUUAUAGUUGUCCCAGGAGACUUUCCAACAAUAACAUCAACACGACACACUUCAACAGAUGCUCCAACAACAUUGAAUGCUACGCCCGAAACAAGUCGAACAGUAUCUGCAGGAAACUCUGAUCAGGCAACAAACAAACAAAUUCUAUCCAGUGUUUUAAGUUUUGUUGCCUUCAUUGUCGUCAUUGUUAUUGUAGUUGUAUGCUACAAACUUUACAGGGAAAGAGUUUUAGGGACCAAAAAUGAUAAAUUUCAUAUACCAAGAGACAACAUUCAAAUAAAAGUUUGUUCUAGAACAAUGGGAAUUGUUACUACAGAUGAUGAUAACAAACAUGACAAAUUGGUCAAUACAUUUGCAACAUUUCUACACGAAGCGUGUCAACUAAACAUAUUAUUUCAUCCCUGGACCCCGAACGAAAACAAAGACCUUUGGAUUAGUAAUACUUUAGACAAGGCAGAUUAUAUUGUAUUUGUGCUAUCUGAAUCAGCAGUCAACCAGUAUACGUCAUGGACAGAGGAAGGUUAUCAAGAUUGUCGGACCUUUUUUAUGACAAUGCUCAAAACUGCUUUAAAUCGGUCUAUUCAAAAUCCGCAUAUUUCGAACAAGUUCAUCAUUGUUACAUUCGAAAAUCCACAAUAUUUACAAAUUCCACGAGACCUUAAUAAUAUGAAACAAUUCUUGCUAACAAAGCAGCUUAAAGAUUUUCUCGAUCAUAUACAAGAAGAGCUUCCCACUGAUCAAAAUCCGGAAAUUAUAAGUGAAUAUUUGAAUUUCAAUUCAGAUAACGCUGUGCGAAAUUAUCAGUGGUUGACCUCUGUUGAUAGUGGUUUUCAGGAUGAAACAACAACGCCAAAAGGAUCAGUAAGAUCAUGUAAGACACUAGAUAGAAAUGACUACAUGAAUACUUCAGACAUAUAUUUUAUUCCGCCGAAAUUAACGGAAGUUCAAAGCGAGGAUAUCGAUAUCAGUGACCUACAGGUUCAAAUUUAUGAUUUCAAUUAUAAAAAUCUGCAUGGUUCCACUAAUAUAAGUCAUAUCUGCAUUGAUGGAGAUUACCAUGAAAAAUUACAUUAUAAUAAUUUACAACAUUUAAAAAGUCAGAAUAAUAAUAUGGUGAGUCAGUACAGUUACCAUGCAGAUAAAGUAGACUAUAAUACGAAUGAUCCUCAUAGUCAACUAAAUGACUGUUUUUAUCAGAGUUGCAAAAACAGAUCUAAUAUCAAUAUACCAAAACUCUGUGAAAAUUCUGAUAAUUCUGAUGGUAUAAGUGUCUGAAAUACUUUUUUAGACGUUACUUGGAUUUUAUGUAAUAAGAAAAAGACUUUCUGAGGUGAAAGUUCACUUAGUUGGGUGCCAGUUUCAGAAAUUUGAUAGAUUCCUUAUAUUCUAUGUUCAAAAUAACUUUUUGUUUGUC